GGAAAGAUUUAGCUUAAAAUAACAAUGUCUUGGGACUCGAAAUCCGUCACCAGACGGCGUCAGAAUAGCUCUGUGAGCUCUUCUAGAGCAUUACCACAUCACACCCGACAACUAUCAAAGCAGCCAGUGCAUCCCAGGUCUCACCAUGUUACUGACCCUUUUCUCGAUAGCUUCCUCUCUCCGUCAUUCAACCCCGCCGAAUACCUCAAUGCCUCCCUCCCGCCGCUCCAGACAUCAGCCCGUUCGACCGACGGUACAGUACCUUUAGCAGAGCUAUCUACUCAAGCUCAGACGCAAUUGUCCCAGUUAAAUGCUCACACGACAAGGCUUACGAACACUUUGACACAAUUGACUGAUGAUAUCCUACGAAGCGGAAGCCGGUUGGCAUAUGAAGUUGAACUCCUUAGAGGCGAGACAUUGAGUCUUUCGGAGACAUUGUCAGAAGGUCUACAUGAAGACAUCGCGAAAUUUAUUCCGAGUGGCAUACAAGAAAAGCAAGAUGCCAAAGCAAGCGGGAGCAAUCAAGCUAGCUCUAGACGUGCUUCCGAAGCUAUAGCACCCACAAAUCUAGAGUCUGUUCCACCGAAUGGUAACAACCAAGAUCCACCGUACAUAAGUCAACUUCAAACCUUGACAUUAGUACGUUCGCGACUGGACACUGUCGUUAAGACAUUUGGUGAAGCUAUGGAAUUUGUGUUUCCACCCUCGGAGCUUUCUGUCAGCUCAUCCUUCCUGUCCGUUUCCGCGCCGGAGCCUGGAAAAGAAGCGCAUAGCACGGAAGAAAAAGGACAGCAAGUUCUCAAACAGCUCAAAGAAGAAAUAUCUACUUUGCUCACGAAGGGUACCGAUCCGGUCGAAGGAAUCGAAAAGGCGGCGCAUCGCAUAGAAGAGCUCAAGGAAUUAACAAAAGUAUGGAAGGGGACAGCAGAGGAGAAAGGAAGGACAAAGUUUAUCGAUAGCCUUGCUAAGAUGGUUGAGGAUAGACAUAAAGAGUUGUUGCGGGAAGUAGAACAGAAUGGACGUCGUGAUGGAAGGGCGGAAUCGGAUAACGGUUCUAGAAAAGCAGCCACUGGCUCUGAUUCAGGCUCCGCGGAGAGCAAACCACUUUACGGGAUAAUGAGCCAGUUACAGAGACUCCGAGCCGGUCUAUAAUGACUCAAUGGAAGAUCAGUCAAAC